AAAAAGCAAAAAUAUAAAAUAAUGGUUAAGGCUUCUUAAGACCCAAAAGAUCCCACUUUUUAAAUGAGAAUUAGAUAAUAUGUUGUUUCAGCUGUUAAAUUACCUAUUUCAAAAGAUUAACCUGAAAUUCUUUAAAUGAGAGUUUUCGCAAGAGACGAAGUAACUGCCAAAACUAAAUUCUGGUACAACAUGAGAAAAUUAAACAAAAUUAAAAGAUCAUAAGGAAGAAUUCUUUCAGUAAAUGAAAUUUUCGAAAAAAAUACUAGAUAAAUUAAAACAUACGGAAUCGCUCUUAAAUAUUAAUCCAGAACUGCUAUUCAUAAUAUGUACAAAGAAUUUAGAGACACCACAUUGAAUGGAGCUAUUUCAUAGCUUCAUAUGGAAAUGGCUGGUAAUCAUAGAGCUAAACCUGAUACUAUUUAAAUUAUCAGAACUGCUACUCUUUUAAAGAAGAGUGAUAUUAGAAGACCUAAAUCACUUGAAAUGAGAGAUUCUAAAUUAAAAUUCCCAGUUAUUAAAACUAUUCAUAGACAUUCCGAUAAAAAAUUCAGAAAAGUUUACAAGGCUGUUAGACCUAAUACUUAUGUUUGAGUUAAUAAAAUAAUAAUAAGAAAAUCUAUGUUAAAUAUAAAUAAUAAAAGAGAAAAUAUAUAUUAUUUUUAUGUUUUUUUUUUUAUUUGUAAGAUUUUUCUAUUUUAAAUAUUUAAACAUUUUCGAAU